AUGGAACAACGCACAAUUCAGUUAGCCAACAUAGCCGGAUAUAUUGAUGGAUCGUUAAAAAAAAAUAAAGAAGCAAACUACUUCCUCACAAUCUAUCUUACCAUCUCGGGAUUCUUAUGGAAACUAGACACAAGUCUCAUACUCAUCCAAGCUGUCUUUACUCACAAGAAUAUUCACGAAAAAGCUGUUGUUUUGGCUGAAGCAGAUCCAAAUUCCCAAAUGUGUCACCUUCUACAAUCAGAAAAAAAAGAACAAGUAAAUUUAUUUGGAAGUCUUUCAGAAUGUUUUUUUGAACAGUUCUUUCACGAUUCCUUGGACCAAAAUCUCAUCAUUGUUAAAAGUAUGGUAACAACUGAAUGUGAUUCAAGCUAUUGUCCAAAGAAAGUUCUGUCUCCGGAACCUUACCUCUGCAUAUGUGGAUCCGAGUUCAAGACUACCAAUGGCGAAGCACCAAAGAAUAUUUCCGUUAAUGCCUACAGAAUUGAAAAAGUCACUUUAGUCAAGAUUGGGGAAACUAAGAAUGUAUACCGAUGUGCGGACAAUACCACAUCAACAAGACAAAUCGACCAGCAACUUCCCUUGAUUCUUGUAAUUAAUGUUACAGGAAUUAGUAUUGAUGAUGAAGAAGUAUAUCUUCAGAACAAGGAUCUACCUGAAAAAAUCAGUUUUCUCUAUGAGGACCACGUUAUGACAAAAAGGUAUCACCUAGCUGGAGUUUCAUAUUGCAACGGAAACCACCACGUUGCUGACAUAUACUUUGAGAAAACUAAGAAUGUAGGCUGGUAUUAA